UGACUGUCAUCCACAGGUCUGGCAGUCUCACCCACUCCGCGCUCCCUGAGUCUUAUUUAUAUAUUUGUUCCUUGAUGCGCGUCCCCGCUGCGAAAGCUCUCUCACUCUUUCCCCUCUUCACUUCGCUUCCUCUCCUCUUUUCGACAGCAUCCAGAACUAUAACGCAACCGUUACCAUCACUCUUUUCCUCCCCUCCUCCUCUCUCACCGCCAGAUAUCUCUCCACUGCGUCUCUCACCCCUUUGCGUCCCCCCUCCCCUCCACUUCACUUCCCCACCUCAGUAAUUCACUUCUCUGACGCACGACAGGGAAACGGACCCGAGGACAGAAAGAAAGACACAAAAAAGCAGCAGCUGACCCAACCGUCGAUAUGAUCCACAGACUCCUGCUACUGCUGCACAGGACAGAGACACGGUCCUGAAACCGAGAGAACACUCUCACCCGCCACAUUGUUGUAGAGCGCUGCCCGGGGGCGGCGACGGCGGAGGAGAGGAGAAGGAGGAGGAGAGGGGAGGAAGAGAAAGCGAACCGGCACAAGUCGAGGGCUUGCAUUUUAAGCAAACUGCUUAGAAAAAAAGGAGAAGAGAAAGAAGGGGAGAGGGUAAGAGACACCGGAGAUCGAGAGUGGGAGAGACUGCAUUCCUAUCACGUCUUCAUUUCUCCUCUCUUUUGCCUCAACCACUGGCAGAGGGUGAGAGAAGGAGAGAGAGAAAUAGAGAGGGGGGAAAGAAAGAGAGAACGAGAAAGAGAGAAAUCUAACAAGAUUCACAUCGGUCUUUUUUCCUGAUGCUGUCCAAUUGCUGUACGAAACUAAGCCCGGCAUUGGACGGUGAGCGGGACGCGCCAGGCAACAACAGAUCACAUCGCAGAAGGAUAUGUGAAGUUGGAAUCCCAGUAAACUAAUGCUGUGAAGUGGCUCUGUCCCUGGAGCCAAGACUUCAUCCCAUUGGUGUCAGCGAGGAUGCUGUGGGUUACCUUGCUGAGCACCAUAGCCUUAGGAUGGACCACCCCGAUCCCACUACUAGAGGACUCCGAGGAGAUCGACGAGCCCUGCUUCGAGCCCUGCUACUGCGAGGUCAAAGAAGGCAUCUUUCACGUCCACUGUGACAGUAAAGGAUUUACAAAUGUCAGCCAGAUCUCCCAGAUAUGGAGCCGGCCCUUUAAGCUCAACCUGCAGAGAAAUUCCAUGAGAAAGCUUUACUUUAACAGCUUCCUCCAUCUCAACAAUGCCAUAUCUAUUAAUCUGGGUAAUAACGCUUUGCAAGAUAUCCAUGCCGGGGCGUUCAAUGGCUUAGGAAUACUCAAACGGCUGUUCCUACAUGAAAACAAACUAGACGUUUUCCGUAAUGACACUUUUCUGGGGUUAGAGAGUUUAGAGUAUCUCCAGGCGGACUACAAUGUCAUCAAACGGAUUGAAAGUGGUGCAUUCAGGCACCUUCACAAACUAAGAGUGCUCAUACUAAAUGACAAUUUGAUCCCUGUGCUCCCAAAUUAUCUUUUCCGGUCUGUGUCACUCACACAUCUAGACCUGAGAGGAAACAGACUAAAGACAUUGCCGUAUAAGGGUACACUGGAGUACGUUGGGAGGAGCCUAAUGGAAAUCCAGCUGGAGGAGAACCCCUGGAACUGUGUGUGUGAGAUUGUCCAGUUAAAAACAUGGCUAGAGAGAAUCCCUUAUACAGCUUUGGUUGGUGAGAUCACAUGUGAGUACCCAUUCCACUUACAUGGGAAAGACUUACGGGAAAUAAAGCGCAAGGAGCUCUGUCCACUGCUCUCCGAUGCAGAGAUUGAGGCCAAGCUUGGAAUUCCCCGGGUCCCAUUCAGCAAUGAGAACACAUGGCCUACUAAACCUUCCUCCAUGCUCUCCUCCGUUCACAACACAGCCUCUUCUGUGGAAUACAAGGAAAGAGUUGUCAAGCCUACCAAACGACCUCGGCCCACAAAGAACCCCCCAACCCCUCGUAGCAUCUACCCAGGCAUCAACCAGCCCCCUGUUGCUGGCUACCAAACAAGGCCUCCCAUCCCAAUAAUUUGUCCAGCUGGAUGUACUUGCAACCUUCACAUCAAUGACCUUGGUCUAACAGUGAACUGUAAAGAGAAAGGCUUUCACAACAUCUCUGAACUCCUGCCUCGGCCCCUCAAUGCCAAGAAAUUAUAUCUCAGUGGGAACUUAAUACAGAAAAUCUAUCGUUCUGAUUUCUGGAACUUCUCAAGUUUGGAUUUACUGCAUUUAGGAAAUAAUCGGAUAUCCUACGUCCAAGAGGGGGCCUUUAUCAACCUGCCAAACUUAAAAAGUUUAUAUCUGAAUGGGAAUGACAUUGAAAGACUCACCCCUGGGAUGUUUCGGGGGCUUCAGAUGUUGAGUUAUCUUUAUUUUGAGUAUAAUGUCAUACGCGAAAUUCAACCAAACUCCUUCUCCUUAAUGCCAAACCUCCAGUUGGUUUUCCUGAGUGACAACCUGUUACGCUCCCUCCCCAAUGAAGCUUUUGCUGGCACCAACCUGGCACGCCUCAACCUCCGCAACAACUACUUCCUAUCCCUGCCUGUGCGUGGCGUUCUGGAGCAUCUGACCUCUAUUGUUCAGAUUGAUCUACACCAGAACCCCUGGGACUGCUCCUGUGAUAUUAUCCCCCUAAAACAGUGGCUGGAAAAGCUCUCCUCUGUCAUUGUGGUUGGAGAUGUCAUCUGCAAGACACCAGAGUUUGCUUUUGGGAAGGACCUGCGUUCACUGGAGGUUGAGGUCAUCUGUCCUGAGCUUAAGUAUUCUUCAGGACCCUCACCUGCCCGGCCUGGUGGGGACGACCUUACCACGGGGAGCUCUGACAUGGGGGAGGCCGGUGGAAGAGGGGCUGUCCCACUGUCUGUCCUCAUCCUCAGUCUACUGAUCCUCUUCAUCUCUGCUGUGUUUGUGGCUGCCGGGCUUUUCGCCUUUGUUCUUCGUCGCAGGAAGAAUCUACCCUUUCGCAAACGUUCUGAGGUAGAUCUGACAGGGAUCCAAAUGCAAUGCAGGAUUUUUGAGGACCCACCAAGGCAGAGUAGUGCCGGUAACACUGGCACACCAGAGAAAACGACACCCAGUAUGAACACUCACACUAGUCACACACAUGCUCAUGGUCACGUUUAUGAUUACAUCCCCCACCCUGUGACUCAGAUGUGUAAUAACCCCAUCUAUAAGCCUAGAGAGGGGGAGAUAGCAGCAGAAGACAGAGUGCAGUUUUCAGAGAAGAAAGAAAAUGGCAGCUGUAGCAACAGUAACUACAGAACCUUGUUAGAGAAAGACAGAGAGUGGACUCUGGCUGUCUCAAACUCUCAACUUAACACUAUCGUCACAGUCAACCACUCCACAGCUGAAAUGGCAGGAUUUCAUGAGAAUGGAGGGCUCUGCCCUACAGUAAUUGACAGUCAGAGGCCUACGCCAACAGUGGGCUUUGUAGACUGUUUGUAUGGGACAGUACCCAAACUAAAGGACAUGCACGUGGCGCAUGCGCACCCACCAGGCAUGCAGUACCCGGAUUUGCAGCAGGAUGCACGGCUGAAGGAGACAUUGCUUUUCACGACGGGGAAAGGCUGCUACCCCGAAUCGUCCCAAAGCGAUUACCUUGAGUUAAGGGCCAAACUUCAAACCAAGCCGGAUUACCUCGAAGUCUUGGAAAAAUCAUACCGAUUUUAACAUCUCUGACCCAUGGAGAGAAAAAACACAAAAUCAACACAUUCACUUUUCCACCCCAAAAAAGAAAUUCACCCAAAAACCAAUAUCAAAAGAAGCAAACUUUAAAAAGCAGCAUGGUAUAAAAUAAAAUAUUAUAUUACAACAAAGUUUCCCCACCAAAUCACUUUGGAGGAGAGGCCAUUCUCAGAUAUUUCAAUGAAGUGCCUUUUUUCAGAGUAGCCAGCAAUGUCAACAGCCGUUAUUUUUAUAAUAUAUAAAUAUCUAUAUAUGCCCAAGAGAGAGCAAAAGAGGAACGAGAAGGGCACCGGGGAAUAAAACAUACAAAACAUCCUAAAAUAAAGUACAUCUGUUACUAAAACCCCUUUUUAUGGAGUUACCAUGAUGUACAAGACGCACAGGAGCUGGACGUCUCCUUGACUUGGGGAGUUUCCUCUCUGUCUUGUUUACCCUUGACUAGGAUGUACAAACACCCGGAGGCCGUGCACAUUAAGUUUGUAAGAAAUGAUUGAAAGAGAGAAAAAUACAUAUAUUAAAAUGAACUGCAGUUUGCUGCAUGCACUCGCUUCAGUGCAGGAAGUGAGGGGAUUUACUCAGAACUAUCACAUCACGUUAUGAACAGAGAUACUGCAACACAUUUACAGUUCAGUGUUCUAUUUAAUUUUUAUAUCUUAUUAAUAUGGUUACUAUUAAUGAGGACUUCUGUCUAUAUCAGGGUGCUUCUCUGUAAAAAAAGGACGCGCCGACGCACGGAUGGUAAAACAUUUGUGAAUAUUAUAAGACAAUGCUCAAGGUUUUCUGGAUAUUUCCAUGCACUUUGUUGACCCCCCCCACCCUUCCCUCUCUCUUCCAUUGCUUCCGGAUUCCCCAUUGUCACCCAGUAAUGGCUUUGUAGGAGGCACUUUUAAUGUUUUCUCUCUCACAAAGAUUUGAAGAAAAAUUGUGCAUAUAUUUAUUCUGUAAUUUCAGUGAAGAAUUUAAUUGUAAAGGUAAUGUUCAAAUCAAUGUAUAGUGAUUAUGCGUCUGGUAUAGCCUUCUUAAUAAAAACAAACUCUUCAAUCAAAUGAUGAAAGGGUUGAUGCCACGGAAACCUGUGUGUGAAGCAGUAUUGACAGGCUGUGUAUUUGGUGUCUUGUUAAAUGGUAUGUUCAAGCUGUGGCCAACCAACAUGAGGUUGCUGGAGAUAGAAGAAUAGCUACUAAACCAAUGGAGUGCUAGACAGGAAUGUAGUGGAAGUCAAUAACAUUUAAACGAGUUUUUGGAUUAGUACCAAAUUAAUUUACGUUAUAGGGAAAGGAUCAAAUAAAAGGGAAACAAUAUUUUUUUCUGGAAAAUAUAAUAGCCUUUUCUGUUUAUUGGUACUUUUGUCCUAUAAGAACUAUUUUUAUUUGCCAUUACAUUACUGGUCCUAGCCGGAUGUAAUGAAGGAAACAAAUGCAGAAAACUCAAUGGCCGAACAAGUCUAAUAAAUGCUGCUGGUUUUUGAAUUGUAUGAUAUGACAGGUAUAUACUAAAUCAGUAUGGUACAUUGCGAUUUUAAUAAUCUAAACGGGUAUUGCUGAUGUAGGCUAAUAAACAGUAGUUGAGAGGGCCAAGCAAGACGUGAUAGGAAGUCGCUCUUUGAAUUUGCGCAUCUAAUUUCUGAUUCCCUCCAUAGUAGCAAUGUGGAUUCAGUCCACUGGAGGGCAAUAAAAGGCAUUCAGAUUCAUUGGGCAUUUAGUAGAUUGGAUGCAGUAAUGAUGUAAUGCACAACAUGUUUAUCUUAAGAGAUCAUCAUGUCUCGUAUUCGGUAUGAAUUAUUUUUAAAAUAUCUAUAUAUAAAACCUGUAAGUGGCAUAGGAUCAUUUUAUUCAUUCCAGCCAAGUUACAUACUUUUUAAGAUUUUUUCUUACUUUAUUUUAACAAAUUGUCUUGAAAAUGGCGGAAUAAAGCAGGUCACCCUAGCUGUAUCAACUACAUGAAACAUUAUUUAAAAAAUAAAAAAACUAUCUUGAAAGAGCUGACCAUCACUCAUACAUAUUGAUAUUAUUAUUAUUAAUAACUGUUUGCAUUAAAAGUCCUAAUGGUAAGUCAAUCCUUUAUAAUCUUUACCAAACUUUUUUGCUGUGAUUUUUGAUAUUUCAUAUUUCCCUAUACAAGCCUGAUUCAUUUUUGGGACCAAAUAGUAAACAAAAACCAAGGUGGGAGCAGCUAUGGAGUAAAUUUGGUGUUUCAGUACGCAUCAUAAAAGUGCUUUUUGUUUUUCACUUUCCUAAGGUGAAAUUGUAAUUUGGGAAAAGUAUGAGACAAUCUUGUUGUCUAUACAUUUUUGAACAUCUAUGAAAAGGAAGGUGCAUUUUUGUUUUAUUUUAAAAUUGGCAUGAUAUGCAAUUUGCUUUGAUUAUAAUGUGUGUAUUAGGAGUAAAGAUCCUCAGUUGCAAUUGGGUGUUAUAAUUUCUCAUAUGUGUCAACUUACACUAAGUGGAAGAUAUGUAGCAAAACCACAUACUUCCCUGUUAAAUGGGAAGGUCCUUAGCUAGUUUAGAGAAGUCAUCUCCAGUAUUGAUCAUCAAUGAUCCAGUCUAUAAGCUGGCAUUUAAUGAAACAUUUUACCUUGUGUUCAUUGUUUCCUUUCUUUGACAAUUAUUGUUGCUGAAAUGAGUGGAGGGCAUCUUCAUAUAAAGCCUUUGUAAGCAUGGUAGCAUUACGUCAAGGCUCUUUAUUUUCUACUCGCAUAAAGUGUUGCUGUAUGCUGAAUGCUGUAUCCACCCCAUGUUCUGCUGCCCCACCUCAUUUUUCUACUUUUUUAACUUUAUCUUUUUCUCACCAACACACACACACACACACACACACACACACACACACACACACACACACACACACACACACACACACACACACACACACACACACACACACACACACCCUUUUCUUGACCCAGAGGUUAGACUAUAUGGUCAGCAUUUUCAGUGUGCACUCAGUUUGAUUAAAAACAUAAUACAUUACUCUGUUAACCCCAACCCUCUCCAUCACCCCCCAAACGAAUAAAUAAAUAAAGUUUUGGGAUCAUUGAUGAUUUUUGCUACAGUGGCAUAUAUCUUGGUAAUCGUAUAUCCUCUACUCCUGUCACCCACCAACCAUAAUAUUUCACAAAUGAGUGCUGGGCUUUGUCCCAUUAUACCAUGCUGAGUGGUUUUAUCCCAAUAAAUCCUCUUAUUAUCCUGCA